GGGGUGGGGGAGAGGGAGGGGGGAGAGCAGGCGCAGGAGAGUGGCGUGGAGUCGGGGUUGGGGUCGAUGUCAGAGGCUGGGUCAGUGUCAGAGGAGAAAUCGAGGUAUAGCACGAGGACGGCAACAUGGGGUCGACAGAAGGAGGCUGAACCUCAGCCUGCUCCGGUCCCCCAGGACAACCAGGGGAUCGACUUCUGGGACGAUGAUGAUGCGAGCCCCGUGGCGCCGGAUCAUCGGGAGGAUAGACUACCCGGGGAGAGUACGUGGGCUCGGAUCCGAAGACAGAGUCGAAUGGGCGUGUCUCAGCAGCCCCAGCAGCGCCAGAAUGCAGCUGCUCGGCCAGGCCAGUCCAGCUCGCAGCCCGUCCCAGUGACCGGGAACCACGGCGAGCGCGAUCAGGCACAGGCCGAGUUUGAUCGCAUGCUGGACCAGGAACGGAAGAUGUCGACGGAUGCGUUCCAGGGCUCGCAGCAGAAGAACGGGCAUUGGUGGGGGAAAUGGGACUGAAUGAGGUAUAUGAUCGGAUUGGUGCUGUUGUCUUGUCAUUCUACGUCCUCCCCUCUUGUGUUUAGCGAUAUCCUACCUGUAUUAACAGUCACGAAAGCAAGCCCAUUACACUGCUUAGCUUGAAGCAACCGCUUGAAUGUGUCCCUAGUAUCAGGUACAAGUGCAGGCACUGACUCGAUUAAUCACUAAGUACUGCAGAGCUGCUAUCAACUCAAGGAACGACUUUUCGCCGAGGCCAUAUUUAGAUACGAAAGAAAAGGCCAUUAUUGUGCAUCGCUCUGGUAUGAUCCUUGCA